AUAAGUGUAACAGUAUUAUCGGAGUGCGGAUACGGUGAUACUCAUUGUUAAAACGCCGACGAAACCUGAAGUUAUAGAGUUCACGGGUGAAAAUAAUUAUUAAUUCGGGCUGAAUCAUCGGAAUAUUGGUUUCAUGCCGUUGAGUAGAACUAACAUACAGUGAGUUGAAUGAAAAAUGGUGAUAGUGGAGAAUAGCGUGAUUAUAAACGAGGAUAGCAAGUCCUUUUCCAAAGCAUGCGAAGUUUUGACGAUGCCCGUAUCGAAUGGCGAUGCUGAAUUUGGCGAGAAAAAAAUCGAUGACAACUUGUCGAAAGUCGUUGAAAGUUUAAUGGAAGUCAAACUCUUCAAGAGACGCUGGCUACAGCUCGUGCUGUUCUUAAUUCUCGCCAUAAGCUGUGGGAUGCACUUUGGCCAGUUUAUGAUCAUCGGCAAUAUAACGCGCAGGUUCUACAACGUUUCUUCACUGGCGGUGGAAUGGACCGUUACAAUUUUCAUGAUAGCAUACGUGAUUCUGCUGAUACCGGUCUCUUAUUUGACGAAUCGCAUCGGUUUGAGACGAACCAUUCUGAUAACCACGACGGGCGUAUCCCUCGGCUGUUGGAUUAAGGUUUUCGCAGCAUCUCCGGACCGAUUUGACUUAGCAAUUUUCGCGCAACUCUUGUUUGGCGUGUUCCAAGUCUUCGUCCUCAGCGUUCCUGGCCGAUUAGCUUCUUAUUGGUUUGGGCCAAAAGAAGUCGCCCUGGCCACAGCCGUCGGUUUCUACGGACCUCAGGCGGGCAUGAUUGUUUGUUCCCUGACUGUUCCCACGGUCGUUGAAGAUCAUGAAAAUAUCGAAGACAUCGGAAGGGAUUUCUCGUUCAUUUUUUGGCCACAGGCAAUCGGGUCCAGCAUUCUCACCUUCAUAUUAUUUUUUUUUUUUCUCGACGAACCGCGCUUACCACCGAGUGGUGCAAGGGCGUUACAAAAAGUCAACCACGAAUCAGCGGUUUUGGGCUUUCUGCCAACGUGUAAAAGGGUCCUGAACAACAGGAGUUUUCUCAUGCUGUGGAACAGCUUUGGCUUAAUUAUGGGUGUGGCAUUGGCAUUGGGCGUCCUAUUGAAUCCGCUUUACACUGCUCAUUUCAAGAACGAUACUAGGAGUGUUGGAUAUCUGUCAAUUUGGCUGAGUGUGAUUGGGGCGAUUGGAUCAAUAGCCUGUGGUACGAUUCUCGACAAAACGAAGGCGUUCAGAAAGCUCUCGAUCGUCGUCUGUUGCUUGUCAGUCCCUGCAACGUUGUUGUAUGGGUCAAGCUAUAUGCUGGAAUUGAGAUGGAUGGUAUUUGCGACUCUCCUACUAUGCGGAGCUCCCGUGAUCGGAUAUGGAACAAUUGGAACGGAAUUAUGCGUGGAAAUAACUUAUCCUGAGCCAGAAUCAAUCACCACCGGAAUUUUAAACAUGUCACCUCAGAUCUAUGGUUUUUUUUUGGUAUUCCUCACCGGCAGGAUGUUGGAAAACUACGGCGAUAUAGCGGCAAUCGGGUGUAUUUGCGCAUCUCUCGUUCUGGGAACUAUAUUAGUAAUUUUGAAUAAAAGCGAACUCCGACGCGAGAAAGCUAGGCAACUCACCAGCCGAUACAUCGCUGUUCCCGUCAAAGAAUUGACAGAGUUGAAAUCUCACGAUUCGAGAGCCGCUUCGUGAUAUUCUUACAGUAUUUUUGAAGGGACUCAAAUGAAAUAUUUAAAAAAUAUCGAAAUAUUGCUUUUUGGAGCUUAAACUGUGUGUUUAUGUUGUGCACGCAGUCUAACAUCCUCAAUAUUCUUUUCAACGAUUUAUCGUUCCAGUGCCUCUUGUUUCAGAAAAAUUGAACAAGACUGGGACUACUUGCUUGUUAAAUGCAUGUGGAUUGAUUUUAACGGUUAAAAUGAUGCCUGAAAUACGAACAUGAGAGCCUCUUGUACAUACCUUGAUCAUUGCGUACUUUGAAACACGUCAGCUGUUCAGGGGCAUAGUAACAUUUAUGGGAAGAAAAAGUUAGCUGUCAUCAACAGUGGAGUACAAUGAAUGUUAAACCUAAGUUUCGUUAAUUUAUUAUGUACGACCAACGGUCAUCGUGAUGUUAAGAUUUCAGCAUCCCGAUGUAUGUGUUUCAGGUUUUUCCUCCUGAUUUUCGAAGCGCAAAUAAACGGCAUCUUUGGAAAUCCAUCGAUGGCAUCUGAUAUGUAUACAUACAGUGAAUGUUUUGCAAAAUAUGUGAAAGAUACACGUGUAACGUCUGAAUAUGCAAACUUCAGUUCAGAUAAGUUGUUCCCUCUUGCAAUCAAGACGCAUUAACAUCGUGUAACUUGGCACAAUGUUUCCGUACACACGGAGCUAUUUUUCACAUUUUUUAAGCGAAAACUCGUUCAGGCGCACUGCGCAUACUUUUUCCUUGGUAGUGAAUGAGACUGAUUGUGAGCACUUAUGCUCAGCUAUCUGCCUGGGUGACGCGCAUUUGCGUAAACGCGGUUCGAGUCUAUUUCGGCCAAGGUUCAGUAAAACACGCUGUACAUCUUGCUAAUAAUUUAAUUUUAAUAAAAGUAAUUAUCGCCAAUAAAUUAUUGAUAU